GCUGUUCCGUCAGGGAUUCAAAUACUAAUUGCAGCCCCCGUACAUAAGAUGAACAAAGCUCGUCUGCUACGAUAGCGCUGAGUCUGGUAUAUCAACUCUAACCCACCAUGGAAGCCGAAAAGCAUCCAGUCAGUCAAGAAAAUGGUGACAUGGAGCAAGGGAUGAACAGAGAAACCCUCAACGAUGAACAACUCCUCGCGGCCCUUGGCCACAAGCAGGAACUGCGGCGCGAUUUCUCAAUAUGGUCGCUUGGCUGCUUGUGCCUCUGCCUCAUGGCAACCUGGGAAGCACUGUCAUCCGUUGUGGCAGCUGCUUUGAUUAGUGGCGGUGCACCCUGUCUCUUUUAUAACUACAUCAUAUCUUUUCUCGGGACACUGGCAAUUGCACUUUCUCUGGCCGAGAUUGCAAGCAUCUGGCCGACUGCAGGAGGUCAAUAUCACUGGGUUGCGGUCCUGGCUCCUCCCAAAACCAGAGUUGUAGCGUCAUGGUUCACUGGAUGGAUAUCUGUCGGUGGUCAGAUCGUCCUUACGGCUUCCGCGGCUUUUGCUGCCGGCCUCCAGCUCCAGGCUCUGAUCACAUUAAACCAUCCUGAUGCAUACGUACCGCAGAGAUGGCAAGGGAUGCUUUUCUACUGGCUUAUCCUCUUGUACGCCGCCGUAAUCAACAUCUGGGGUUCUAAGAUCCUGCCUCACACUAAUCUUGCUUCUGGUAUCUUACAUAUCGUCGGUUUCCUGGUUAUUGUUAUCAUUCUUGGAGUCAUGGCGCCCAAACAUUCGGCUCACUAUGUGUUCGCCGAAGUGGCCAACUCGAGUGGCUGGAGCAGUGAUGGUGCUGCCUGGCUCGUGGGCCUACUGAGCUCGGUAUAUCCGUUUCUCGGCUAUGAUGCUGCAGCACAUCUUGCCGAGGAAUUGCCCAGAAGUAAUCGCAACGUGCCGUUGGCGAUGGUGGGAUCUGUCGUGGCCAAUGGCGUGAUCGGCUUCGCCUACUGCAUUGUCUUGCUGUUCUCCCUUGGUGACCUGGAAAGUCUUCUCGAAUCGCCUACUGGCUUCCCUUUCAUGCAAUUGUACCUCAACGUCACCAAAUCCAAUGUCGGCGCCACUAUCAUGGUGCUGAUAAUAUGCCUGAUAGCAGUGGCUGCAAACGCCGCAGGACUGACCUCCACCAGUCGUACAUUCUGGGCCUUUGCUCGAGACGAGGCUAUGCCAUGUGCGAAAUACUUUUCCCACGUCCAUUCAAACCUCAAGGUUCCCGUUCGGAUGAUUGUCCUGGUUUCGGUCCUCCAGGCCCUCCUCGGAUUUAUUUACCUUGGCAACACGACGGCCUUCAACGCCAUUCUUUCCAUGGCCAUCAUCGGCAUGUAUUUGUCCUACCUGCUUCCCAUUGUCUACAUGUUGUGCUUUGGACGACCAAAGUUGUCUCGAAGCGAGUAUGGACCGUUCCGACUUGGUAGAAUUGGAGGUGCAUCUGUCAAUGCCCUGGCCAUCGUAUGGCUGGUACUCGCCAUCAUCUUCAGCACGUUCCCGAGCUACGAACCCGUAACGCCGCAGGAUAUGAAUUAUUCUACAGUAGUGCUUGCUGGCUGGGUUGUCUUCGGUGCGAUAUACUACCUCUUCUUUGGCCGAAGAGUCUAUACAGGGCCUGUCGUGGAGACGGAAGCAAGUGAGUUGGCCAUGGUCAGGCAGACCCCUGCAUCCAAGCAGCCAGAAUAG